AUGUCCACCACUGCUGCACCCUCAAGCAAGCCAACCGCAGGCGCCGCCCAAGACCGAGAAAACCAGAGCAUAGAGAAUUUUGCCGCCUCCCUCUCCACCGCUGCCAUAAUUUUUGGCGUGCAAAUCACCGUCUUCUUGAUUCUCAGCGGAAACUGGAAAUUGCACAAGACAAAGAAGAGCGCGGAAAAAGACAUUCUCCAAAAUGAAAAAUCGGCAGAGCGACAGGGUCUGUUCCACAAGAUAUACUACUACAAGACCGCCUUUGUGCCCCAGGCAAAGCGCAUAGCAGCGCCCGUCACCGCAAUCGAGUCGUUCAAGAAUGUCUUCACCAUCGGCGACCGCGAACUGAUUCGAAUCGCCGGUGUGGAUGGCUACCUCUUCAUCCAAUACCUACAACUCCUCCUGCGCAUCUUCAUUCCCAUGGCCAUCCUGAUCCUGCCUAUUCUGCUACCAAUCAACCACAUUGGUGAUGUCGCAGGUGUCGCAGGUCUGGACAUGUUUGCCUGGCCUAAUGUGGGUGUGCCAGAAAAGGUACAUCGUCUAUGGGCCCAUCUUGUCCUCGCAGUCUUGGUCGUGUGCUGGGUUUGCUUCAACUUCUACCUGUCGCUACGCCAAUUUGUGCGCAUGAGGCAGACCGUGCUCACCAUGCCCGAACAUCGCAUGCGCGCCUCGGCGACGACCAUUCUCGUGCAGAGCAUCCCCAAGAAAUGGCUCACGGUGCCUGCGCUGGAUGCUCUCUACGAUGUUUUUCCGGGUGGUAUCAGGGAUAUCUGGAUCAAUCGCAAUUUUGACGACUUGGCCGAGAAGGUCGCGCAGAGGACAAAGAUUGCCCGAGCGCUCGAGGUGGCGGAGACGAACCUGAUCAUCAACUGCACCAAGGAACACAAGAAGCGGGAGGAGAAGGCGGCGAAGCAGGCUGGCAAGAAGAAAAUGUCCAAGAAGGAGAGAAAGGAGGAGGAAGCAAGACAGGAUCAUGUUGCCAAUCAGCAGACCUAUGAUUCUGGUACUGACGCCGGUAACCCUCACGAAAUUGAGGCGCAGCUGCAGCAGGUGCUUGAGGAGAGCUCGGCCUCUACCUCGUCGUCGUCUUCUCGCUCCUCUUCACCGAGCAGGAAGAAGCAACACUUCCCUGUACCAUUCCUUGGGGAAGGCAUCCACGCCGUCGGAGAAGGAUUUCGUGACGUGGGUCAGGGUGUCGAUCGCCUCAACAAAAAGAUGCUGGGCGGUGUUCGUGGUGUAUUUGCAGGAAAGCAGCAAAAGGGCCAUACUCAUGCUCAAGACGGAAACGCCCCAGCACAGUUGGACGGUAUCGAUGAUCACGUAGACUCUCCGAUUUCGGUGGAUUACCCCCAUCGAGGCGCCAGCAGCGAUACUCAGGCUCCUCUGGCCAAGGAGAAGUACGGCUCCGAAGGCACGGACUCUGCACCAAAUUCGCCAAAAGCCAUGGUAGCACCUGCGACCAAGGAAGAGGCCGAAGAGGCCCAUCCAAAGAAAUCCAAAUUCAAGUACUGGCAGAAGCUCAAGGACGUCUACAGUGGAGCAGCCGAUUUUGCAAGUCCAAAUCCAUUCCGUCAGGAGGGCGAGGUCCUACCCAUGGAACUCAAGGACAGUGAGAAGCAGAAUAUCAAGUACAAUCUUGCUGGCCUUUAUGAUGAUGCUUUCGCCGAGGACGACGAGACUGCAUUGUGGAGACAAUACCUCAAGCCGAAGGAUCGAGAGACUAUGCGUAUUCCACUCUUCGACAAGUCUUGGUGGCCUUCUCUUCCCUUCAUUGGUAAGAAGGUGGACACCAUUUACUAUUGCCGCAAGGAACUGGCUCGUUUGAAUGUCGAAAUCGCCGACGACCAAGCCCAUCCCGAGCGGUUCCCACUGAUGAACUCUGCCUUUAUCCAAUUCAACCAUCAAGUCGCAGCCCACAUGGCCUGUCAAUCGGUCAGUCAUCACAUUCCACGACAAAUGGCGCCUCGUACCGUCGAGGUCAAUCCUGCCUACGUGCUCUGGGAUAAUUUGUCCAUGAAGUGGUGGGAACGCUACCUUCGCAUGUUCGCUGUCAUCGUCAUCAUCGUUGCUCUUGUCAUCUUCUGGGGUAUUCCAGUCUCGUUUACCGGUGCCUUGUCGCAAGUCCAAACCUUGACGGAGCAGCUUCCCUGGCUGGCCUGGAUUAACAAGCUUCCCGAGUGGCUCAUCAGUUUCAUCCAGGGUGUGUUGCCUCCUCUAUUCCUUGCGAUUCUCUUCGCCGUCUUGCCUAUUACGCUCCGCUUCUUGGCUGGCAUGACGGGUACAACGACAUCUGGUGAGCGCGAACUGCUCGUCCAGAACUUUUAUUUUGCAUUCGUUUUUGUGCAGUUGUUCCUUGUCGUCUCCAUCUCUACGGGUAUAACGACUGCGAUUGAGGACCUCGUCAACGACCCAAUUAGUGUUCCGGCAACGUUGGCUAAGAACUUGCCCAAAGCUGCCAAUUACUUCUUCUCUUACAUGAUUCUUCAGUCACUUAGUAUCAGUUCUGGUACAUUGCUUCAGAUUGGUGCGGUUGCCGUCAUCGUCUUCUUAAGGUUCAUGGACACAACGGCGAGAGAGAAGGUGUCGAGAGUGCUGAGUCGCCCUGGGAUCAACUGGGGUACUAUGAUACCUGUGUACACCAAUUUUGGUGCUAUUGGUAUCAUUUACUCUGUCGUAUCGCCUCUCAUCCUUAUAAUGAUGUUGAUCACCUUCUGCCUCUUCUGGUUCACCUACCGCUACCAGAUGAUCUACGUCAGUUAUGCCAAGGCCGAAACCAACGGUCUCAUUUUCCCCAAAGCCGUCAACCAACUCUUUACCGGCCUCUACUUUCUCGAGCUCUGCCUCAUUGGUCUGUUCUUUCUGCAGCGCGAUACCCGGAACGAAGCUGCCUGCUUCCCACAGGCCAUCAUUAUGAUCAUCAUCCUUGGCUUCACAGUGCUCUACCAAUUCGUCCUCAAUCGCGCCUUUGGGCCACUCUUCACCUACCUCCCCAUCACUUUUGAAGAUGAGGCUGUUCUUCGCGAUGCAGAGUUUCAACGCGCACAGGCGAGCCGCUGGGAGAAGGGUGAGAACGAAGACGACGAGCAUGCACCUCUUACGAGCAGCGAAGAAAACGCCAAACGCACAGCUGAAGAACGCGAACUCGCACACCUCAGCGAAAUGAACCGCCUCGAAGCACGUGACCAGCGCGAAGCACCCUACGGCCCAGAUUCCUACGAACUAAACACCAUGGACAGCAACCAAGCGAUUUUGAACUCGUCCUCGCAGUCUCGCCCAAAGUCAAACUGGGCCGAAAAAUCGCAAACCAGCCUCCAAAAACCGCGCUCCCGCAGCCGCUCCCACCACAACACCCGCAAAACCUCUGCCCACGCCCCCAAAGACCCCCUCGCCCUCCUCACCACAACCCUCCGCAAAGGCCUCGACACAGCCGCUCGCCCUCUCCACGACACCGAAGCCGCCGUCCUCCCAGCCUCGAACCUCUUCGACGGCAUCGACGACGAACUGGCAGACAUUGAACCCUCGGCCCGGCAAAAGCUCAUUAAGAGGAGUUUUCAGCACCCGGCCACGCGCGCCAUUCAGCCGGCCGUGUGGAUCCCGCACGAUGAGCUUGGUGUCGCUAAGGACGAAAUUGAGCGCACGGGCCGGUAUACGAAGAAGGUGUGGAUUACAAGUGUGGGCGCGAGGUUGGGGGCCGAUGGCAAGGUUGUGUUUCGUGGGUUGCCGCCUGAUCGCGAUCCGUUUGAGAAUAUUGAGGUUUAG